AUGGGUGUCAGUGUGGCUCCAUCUGUGGAUUCCUCUAUUGAUCCAGGUAAAAUUGCCUUUACAUGGUUUGGGCCAAGACCAGUUGUGUUCAUCAAUGAUGCUGAAAUGGUCAAGGAUAUUUUCUCAAAGCCUUACAUUUUUGUGAAGCCGGAGAAUUAUCACAUAAUUAAGCUACUAAUUAAAGGAUUAGCAACAUCUAACAAGGAUAUUUGGUCAAGACAUCGUAAAAUCAUCAAUCCUGCUUUUCACCUUGAAAAGCUUAAGAUUAUGAUACCAAUAUUUUACUCAUGUUGUUGUGACAUGGUGAGCAAAUGGGAGAAGAUUGUUGUUGAAAAUAGAUCAUAUGAGUUGGAUUUGUGGCCAAAUCUUGAAAUUUUGACUUCAGAUGCACUUUCAAAAGUUGCAUUUGGAUCAAGUUAUGAAGAAGGUAAAAAAAUAUUUAAUCUUCAAAUGGAACUCAGUGAGCUAGUUAUGAAAUCAUUUCCUCUUCCAGGAGCAAGUCUUUUGCCGACUAAAACAAAUCGAAAGGUGAAGGAAAUUGCUAAGGAAGUAAGAACUUCAAUUCAAGGUAUUAUUACUAAAAGGUUGAAGGCAAUGGAAGGAGGAAAUGCUCGUAUUAGUUAUGAUGAUUUACUUGGAGUUUUAUUAGAAUCACAUUUGACACAAAUUAAAGAAGGUGAAAACAAGAAUCUGGGAAUGAGUAUGGAGGAGGUCAUUGAAGAAUGUGAGUUUUUUCAUUUUGCUGGGCAUGAGUCUACUUCAGUUCUGAUAAUGUGGGCACUAAUUUUAUUGUCUAAGCAUUUGGACUGGCAAGAACGUGCUAGAGAAGAGAUUCUACAAGUGCUUGGUGACCAAAAACCAGACUUUGAUGUUUUGUUGCGAUUGAAAAUGGUCAAUAUGAUUCUUCUUGAGACUCUAAGGCUAUAUCCACCAGGAGUUAUGUUUGCAAGAGUGCUUGGAGAAACAACCAAAUUGGGAAAUAUAACGUUACCAAGUGGAGUUCAAGUCAACAUACCUACACUUUUAAUUCAUCGUGACCAAGAAAUAUGGGGAAAUGACGCAAAUGAAUUCAACCCAGAAAGAUUUAGUGAAGGUGUUGCAAGUUCAACAAGGGGCAAAUUUGGUUAUUUCCCAUUUGGCUAUGGUCCUCGAGUAUGCAUCGGACAAAACUUUGCUAUGUUAGAAGCUAAAGUCGCACUUGCCACAUUUUUACGACAUUUUACCUUCGAAAUUUCACCUUCUUAUGCACAUGCUCCUUAUCUUGUUGUGACACUCCAAGCUCAGUAUGGAGCACAAGUACUAUUACAUAAAGUUGUAAGUUCUGAGUAA